AUGCCGUCGAUGAACGAUCUGGAAGCAAAGUGCGGCGGCUGCAAGAAGACCAUUGACCAAGAAAAUGGCGGCGUCGUCGUGGCAUUUGGCGCGUCACUCUGGCACGUCGACUGUUUCAAGUGCGCCAAAUGUCUCGAGAAGGUCUCGGCCGACACAAACCUCCUCCUUCUGUCCGAUGGUAGCCCAGUGUGUGGCAAGUGCUCGUAUCAGUGCUUUGUGUGCAAGCAGGCUAUCACAGAAGAGGCCAUCAUGACCGGCGACGAGUCAUACCAUGCUCACUGUUUUACGUGUCGCACCUGCAAGCAAAGAAUAGAGGAGCUGGUGUUUGCCAAGACGUCGCAGGGCAUCUACUGCAUGAACUGUCACAACGAACGUGUAGCCCGGAGUCGUCGCCACGCCGAGGCCAGGCGACUACGCGCUGCGCGUAAGGAGCGUGAAAAGGAAGAAUCAGAAGCGCGCCGCCGCGAUGCCAGCGGUAUCCGCUCGAGCUCGACCUCGACGUCACUCAAUCUCCUCACGACGGUCGCAUCAAACGUCAGCGUGGCGAGCAGCGCGGUCUCGCCUUCCUCGCCGCGAUACCCGGACGUUACAUCUCCAACCAACCUCUCCUCCUUCGCCGGGCGAGAUGCGGGUCCUCUUUCCGGCACAGCUUCGCCUGCCACUGGCCCCAUGCGCAACCACAGCGUCCCGGCAUCGCCAGCGGGUCCACGUGAACCGCGUGAAACCGCCAUGGCACGGGGCGGUUCCCAGGACAGCAGAACUCCUCGUUCGGGCAACGUCAGUCCGACUCCAGGCUCGUCGUCCAAGACUUCGCCAAUGGCCCUAUCGCAGUCGCAGUCGCAGCCGGCAGGCAACCUCUUGUCACAAGCGUCGCCGCGCAGCCCCACUGGCCCACCCUCUGGCCCGCGUUCAGCGAGUGGUGUGGGACUCGGUGUCAGCGGUCUCAGUGUGCCCACCUCGAGGGCCGAGAAGCGCAGGUCGAUCAACCCCGGAUUGUCGUUCAACAUGGACCAGGCAGCGUCCGCUUUCACACCGGAGCCAAGGGUACCGUCUCCCCUACCCAAGUCGUCGCCCAAGUCUGAGACUACCUCCGGCACGAGGGCGCAGACCGCGACGGCCGAGACCACUCCCAAGUCGUCUGAACCGUCACAAGACGGGCACAAGUCGCCGUCGGCGUUCAAGCCGAGCGUCCUACCUCCCGAGCGCAAGGAUUCACAUAUGAGCACCAACGGCGACGCUGCCCUUCCACGUAUUGACGCGCCCGGUCUCCUGCCCACGAUGUCAUUUUCGCUCUCUGAUCCCGACUUUGCGGUCCUCCUCAACGAGAUGGAGACGCCGGAGGGAUCCAAGGCCUUGCCGAAGAAGGCUCGCACGCCCGAGUCUGGCUCGGCGCAAGUGUCGGAUGGCGAUGAUGCUGCUGGCGGUGCAAUGUCGCGAAACUUAAACAUGGACUCGCUCGUGACCGCCGCGAACGGCGAGGCCAUCACCCCAUCAAGCUCACGGACACUGCUCUCGCCCAAUGACCAGCCGUCGCCGGUCGACACGCUGCGGCGCCGGGGUUCCAAGGAUUCCAUCCUGUCUGUGCGGAUGGAGCGCGACUCGUCGUUCCAGGCGCUUGCCGCACUGGUCGCUGGUCUCAAGCCUGACGACGAUAACAGGGUGUCCAUCGACUACUCUCUGCUUAUUGAGGCAAUCCGCGAGCACAGUGCGCUCAAGGAGGCAGCUGACACGCUCAAGGCCAAGUACACGGGUGCCAAGCGUUCCAGCCAGCAGUACAGCGACGGUCUCGCUAUCGCCGGUGAGGAGUACGACAAGGAGAGCCAGCGUCGCCGCGAGCUCGAGACGGAGAUUGUCCGCCUGCGGUCACAGCUUCAUGGCCAGAGUGCGCGUUUGUCCUUAAUGUCCAGCGACGAGCGCCGCCAGGAGAGGCUGAACCGCCAUUCGCAAGACCUUGCGAGCAACCUCACAGGUCUUGAGCACGACAUUUCCAGAUUGCGCGCUCAACGCGACAUCUCGCUCGCCGAGAUUGAGGAACUCCAGUCCAAGCGAGGCGAGAUCGACUCUGAGGAGGCAACGUCCAAGCUGGGACGGUCGCUCUCUCGCCGCCUCGAGAAGAUCAAGGAGGAGUACAGAGACGAGCUCGCGCCUCUGUCUGCGCAGCGCGAGGCGCUCCAGCGCGAGAUUGCCGAUCUCGAGUCCACCAAGGAGCAGUACAUUGAGGAGGCGUCGUCGCUGCAGGCCAAGAAUGAUGAGAUCAUCGAGCUAAACCAGCAACUCAUGCGUCAGAACGAGGGGCUCAACGACCGGAGAUCGCCCGCGGCCUUCCCUGUCAUCACCAAGGCCCGUGGCCACCCGUCCGGCUCCCCAUCAAUGUCGUCCCUUGCCACCGCGCUUGAGGGUGUCCCAGAAGAGUCAAAGGAGACUGCGCGUGUCAUCAAGGUGUCCAAGCCCGAACCGAUCGAGGUCACGCCAGCGCGCCGCUUCAAGUGGAUCGGCAAGGCGGCCAAGGCGGUCGACACGGACAAGCUCACUGUUGGAGGCAGUGGCGGCGACAGGCGCAAGCUGCGCCCUUCCACCGAGGUCGGCACGCGCGAGCACCACUUUGCACAACACAGCACCAUGCGUCUGGGCCGUUGCGACUUAUGUCAGGACAAGAUGUGGGGCCUACAGGAGGUCAAGUGCUCCGCAUGCGGUAUGGUGUGCCAUCAGAAGUGUGCCGAGAAGCUUCCCAAGUCGUGUCCAGGCAAGGGCGCCAAGGUCGAGGACGAGGGCCCGCUGCCACCGAGCAUGUUCGGCCGCGAACUGAGCGACCAGUCUGGCGCAGAUAACGCCGCUGUUCCUGUGAUUGUGACCAAGUGUAUCCGGGCGGUCGAGGCCAACGGCAUGGAGUAUGAGGGUAUCUACCGCAAGACGGGUGGCAACGCGCAGUGCAAGCAGAUUACGCAAUUGUUCGAACGCGGCAAAUAUGAGACGUUCGACCUCACGAACGCCGACGACUUUAACGACAUUAGUGCCAUCACGUCGGUGCUCAAAAACUACUUCCGCAACCUGCCCGAUCCAGUGUUCACGCACAAGUUACACGAGAGCUUCAUCGCGGCGGCCAACAUCCGUGGGGUCGACAACAAGAAGCAGGCGCUAUGCGCGCUCCUGCAGGAACUGCCCAAGGCGCACUACGAUACGCUCAAGGUGCUCAUGCUUCACCUGAACCGCGUGACGGCCAAGAGCGACAUCAACCUGAUGACGAGUCAGAACCUUGGCGUGGUGUUUGGGCCCACGCUGCUCCGGUCAUCCGACCCGAACCGCGAGUUUGGCGACAUGGCGGGCAAGGCGCUCAGCGUGCAGUGGAUGGUCGAGAAUGCGCCGUCCGUGUUCCUCGAGGAGCGCGAGUGA